AUGAAUCAGAACGGCGGUAGUGUGGGAGAUACUCGGAAUAUUUUAAAUGGAUGGUUGAAUGGUGCGUACCGCCCGAUGAAGAGACAAGCCGGCCGAGAAAACGAGAACCCAUUAGAAACCGGAGAGGGCAAGUCUCUCGAAGAGAAAUUAUACGAUACCAUUUAUGAUGCGAAAUUGAGUCAUAUUAUUAUCGACGAUGGAACUCAAACAUUGGGAAUGAGGUUGGUUGAUGGAAUGCCCAAUGAGGGUUUGAUGUGGAAGGAUGAGGAAGUUGAUGUCGUGCCUGAAAUUGAGGAAGCUCUUGAACAGAAGCCGGAACGCACUAAAGGAGUGGAGCUGUUGGUUCUUACGUCUGAAAUGGGUUGGCCAUAUACAGGCUUUGCCCGGGGAAGUAACAGUGACAUAUUCAUUCGCAGAGAAGAGCUCCGUGUAUGGAAUGUUGUAAGGAAUGGAAUUGAAUUAUGGCGUACACAACGUGUUAUGCCAAGAUGUCUUUAUUUUCCACGAUCAUACCUUGCCAUUGGUAACCCGGGGAUUGGAAAAUCUCAGAAUUUGGGUUCUUUUAUCCUCUACAAGUUACUGCAUUAUGAUGCGGAAGAGUUGCCUAUUGUUGCGUAUUUCUGCGGUGUAGCCGCAUAUAUAUUUGAGAAAUCUGGUGGUGGUGGCGUUGGCAGAGUUAGGGAGUACAGUAAAGAAGCGGCUAUAACGUUUAUGAAGAAUAUAUCAUCUAAUACACGUGGUUAUAUUAUUUAUGACUUCGUCAACAAAGGUGAGCAGCCACCGGCAGAUGUGGCUCCAAAAUGGGGAAGCAUUUUGAUCAGUUCACCUAAUGAAAGAAAUUUUGACAGCUGGUUCCAGCAGAGGGAAAGAUGUGCACGUAUUGUUGUUAACUGCUGGGAAAUGAGUGAAAUGCGGGCUUUCUUCUCACGUGUGGGACCCAAGCUUUUUCCUCAAGCCACGCCUGUUGAGUUGAGGGAAAAGUGGAACAUGUAUGAGAACCGUGUGGAGCAUGUUGGACCUUCACUUCGUUAUGUGUUCGAUGAAGCAAAGCAUGCCACGCGUGAGGACGACAUAGACAAUGAAAUAAAUUCCAUCAAGUCCCAUAAGCGGCGUGAACUCUAUAUUGGCGUGGUGGGUAACAAAGGCGAAUGGAGAGAAAGUGACGCGUCUCACAAACUCGUGAAGAUUGUUCGUGCCUGUGGGAGAAACAAUAGUGAGAUAUACAUAUGCGUACCUCACUCUGAAUCUAUAAAGAAAAGAAUUUUGAAUGUAGUGUUUUCCGGCAUUGCUGAGGAGUGGGCACUGGUGUCUGGUAUGACGCGGGACGCAUCUGUCACCGGGCAUUAUUUUGAGAAGAAUGCAAUUAAAUAUUUGUGUUCCCCCAGAGUGUUAACUUGCUUCGUAAGCCUAAUAACGAAACUUCCAGCAAAUGAAAGGGCCAGGCGCACGAGGACACGCAAAAGCAUUUUGCAACACGUAAGGGAUGACCUCCUCAAUGCUUGUCGACCAAACACAGUGUCAGGUGACAUCAACUGGGCUGAGUCGAAGGGGGCUCCGGUGGAAUUAUAUGUGCCAUGCAUUCCCAACUACCCCGUAGCGGAUGCAUUCUUUAUUGUUGAUGAAAAGCAGGCUGCACAGGCUUCAGGAACCAUAGGGAAGAAAACUAUUGUGUUGUUGCAGUUUACUGUUGCCAGCAGCCAUGACACAGCAACCGACGAAUUCAUUCAUUUGUUACAAUCCCUCUUGCCAACUGCGGAGGGGGGUGGUCACCAGAAUGAGGCUACCGUUGAGCAGUUGAAGGAAAUUACUGAGAUGUUUCACUGGGAAAUCAUUUACGUUCAGCACUUCGAAUCCACAGCGAUGAGGUCUGAGCAGAAGUGUGAAAUUACACAGGGUAAGGCAAAGCACCGCAGUCACCAGUUUGUGGAGGGAUUCUGGAAGAACAAUGUGCAGCAGUACCAUGUGCAGUAUGAGGAUAACAUAGUUACCAAAAUGCUUGCGGUGGCUGCUGUGGGCCGAAGGUAA